AGAUCUAGUAGCACCCACUGAGCUAAAAGCCUAAAAGACAAAAACUUCCCUUCCUUCUUGACAACCACUUUCCCCGUUUUGUGUGUGUGAUUGAUUCUGUGGAAAUUACAGUGGUGUGAUAUGGAAAAUGGUGCUUCAGGAUCAGUGAGGGGUGGUGAGACAUGGAAGGCACAGUUGACCAUGUCAAUGGUGCCCCUAAUCUAUGGAGCAUACCCUGUCAUCACAAAAGUUGCACUCAAUGAUGGAGUCAACCAACUAGUCUUCUGUGUCUACAGAGUUCUCAUUGGCUUUUUUGUCCUUUCUCCUUUUGCUUAUUUCCUAGAGAGGCAGACGCGACCGCCCGUUACUAAGCACCUACUCAUGUCAUUCUUCUUGCUUGGAUUACUUGGGAUAUUUGGCAACCAGCUUCUGUUUCUUAUUGGUCUAAACUUGACCAAUCCAACAUAUGCAGCUGCCGCUCAGCCAGCCAUUCCAGUCUUAACAUUUAUGUUUUCUGCAAUCAUGGGCACAGAGAAAGUGAACUUGCUAAGAUAUGAAGGUGUGGCAAAGGUUGGAGGAACUAUUAUCUGUGUCUCUGGAGCCAUAUCAAUGGUGUUGUAUCCCGGUCCAGUUGUUAUAGGAAAUCCAGAAACAGGAAUGGAACAUGUAUCACAGAAUCCAUCUGGGUUGAAGGAUGUAGGAUUCGACCAAUUCCGUCUUGGGGUUAUCUGCUUAAUAGGGAAUUGCAUGUGCAUGGCAGGUUAUCUAUCAAUUCAGGCAAAAUUGUUGAAAAAGUACCCCACAAACCUGUCCCUCACAGCAUAUUCCUACUUCUUUGGAACUGUAUUAAUGGUGAUAGUAUCGAUUUUCAUGACGGACGGGAUAACUGACUGGACUUUGACACAGUCAGAAAUACUUGCUGUUCUUUAUGCUGGAAUUAUUGCAUCUGCUCUUGGUUAUGGACUCAUAACAUGGUGCAACAAGAUUUUGGGGCCAACUAUGGUUUCCUUAUAUAACUCCCUUCAACCUGCAUUCGCUACCCUGCUGUCCCUAAUUUUCCUUGGAAGUCCUGUUUACUUGGGAAGCAUCCUGGGAGGAACUUUUAUCAUUGUUGGCCUAUAUAUUGUUACUUGGGGAUCUUACAAAGAAAAGCAGGCAGAUGCUGCUGAAAAUCUUCCUUGUGAAUCUUGUGUUUCUGAGCCACUUAUUCAUGAAAAGACUGUGUGUUAAAAGGAUCAUUACUUCAUAGUCCUCUAAUGCUUCCCUUAAAUUAUUAGCUUAGGAACUUAAUUAUGCAGUUUCAUUUCUGCUUAUAUGUUUCACAUCAUAUCUCUUACUCUAUAUUAUUCUUUACUUAUGCCAAUUGUGGGCAAAACUAUGUUAAUGAAAUUGAAUAGAAUAAACAUAUAUGUCUACUA